UCGGACACAAGAGGGUGGUGGAUGCCCUGAAACAUGGUAUGGAUGGUUGUGAGCUACCGUAUAGGUGCUAGAAACUAAAAUUCAGAUCCUAUGCAAAAGCAACAAGUGCCUUAACUACUGAUAAUCUCUCCAGAGAUCUGCUUUUAAGAUAGAGUCUCAUGCAGCCCAGGUAAUGUGGAACUUAAUAUGUAAAAAGACUGACCUUUGAUCUGCUUGCUGCCAACACCACCUCUCAUGCUGGGUUUAUAGACAUGUACCAUCGUAUCUGGCUAGUAUCUGUCUUAAUAUUUUUGAAAUACAGAACUCCAACUAGAAUAACUGGGUGCUAAGAAAAUCUGGUCUUGGUUCCAAGAACUCUAGAUGUGACAGCUUUUUUGGAAAAAGAAAACACUGCUAUGUAGCAAUUACCAUACUUACCCUAAAUGAAAUCCUGUAUUUUGGUAAGAAUGAGGAAAUGUGGGUGUUUUUGCUGUACACCUGGUGACAGAUUUUCUUUCCCCCUAAGUUACUCACUUUAAAGGUUUCUGUUUCGGUUAGUGGAACACCCAUUUUACGUACGUGCAAGCCUUGAGAAAUAGUACGUGACCAGAGGGCUUUGCGAGUCAGAACUAGGCGUGGGGUGGAAGACUCUCUGUCGGCUGUGGGCGGGGCUCCGGCGUCACGCCCCGCCCACCGGCGCCAUCUUCCUGGACCCGGGCGGGGCCCUGGGCUGUGCGGCGCCGCUCGGGAAGGAACGCGGGCUGCCACCCGGACUGAGCACUGACUUCCGAGCUACAGGCACAGGCGGCCUUUCCCAGGGGCCCGGGACUGCUCUAGAGGACAAUGGAUUCUGGAGCUCGCCCAGUUGGUGGCAGCUGUAGCAGCCCUGCAGCGCUAUCACGGGAAUACAAACUAGUGAUGCUGGGCGCCGGUGGCGUUGGGAAGAGUGCCAUGACCAUGCAGUUCAUCAGCCACCGAUUCCCAGAAGACCACGACCCCACCAUUGAAGAUGCGUAUAAGAUCCGGAUCCGCAUCGACGAUGAGCCUGCCAAUCUGGACAUUCUGGAUACAGCUGGGCAGGCGGAGUUUACAGCCAUGCGGGAUCAGUAUAUGAGGGCAGGAGAAGGGUUUAUCAUCUGUUACUCCAUCACGGACCGUCGCAGUUUCCACGAAGUUCGGGAGUUUAAACAGCUGAUUUACCGCGUCCGACGCACUGAUGACACACCCGUGGUUCUCGUGGGAAACAAGUCCGACCUGAAGCAGCUGAGACAGGUCUCCAAGGAGGAGGGCUUGUCUCUGGCGAGAGAAUUCAGUUGUCCCUUUUUUGAGACCUCUGCUGCCUAUCGUUACUACAUCGAUGACGUUUUCCAUGCUCUUGUACGGGAGAUACGUAAGAAAGAAAAGGAGUUAGUGCUGGCCAUGGAGAAAAAGUCGAAACCCAAGAGCAGCGUGUGGAAGAGGCUGAAGUCACCGUUCAGGAAGAAGAAAGACUCAGUAACUUGAGGGAAGUGUGAAGCAUCUUCUGUGAACUGUGGCGCUGCUCGGAGCAGUCCAGCAAUCUGCAAUAAUGAGCAUGCUGUUUGCUCCCUCUCCACUAUUCUAAAUGUCACUGGUGAGGGGGACGUGUCCACCAGGAGUUUUCAAUGAUUCACUAUUUAAAGUCCUGUCUUAGUUGACUCUGAUUUAUUAGCCCAUCAGAGCUCUGUCUUCUCCUUCAUCGUCACAUUAGAAUUUGGUCUGCCAUUGUUUUGGUUAUAUUAUUGAUGUAAAUUAGUUUGUGUAAAUCGUUUAUGCCCGGGCGAUUGUGUAUACCGUGUGCACUUGACUGUGUUUACAAAAGGAGCUUCGUGCUGUAUGCUCCUCGCCGCUGACCUUCAACUUGAGCUCCCUGGCUCUGUCUCCCAGAAGGACCUCGGCCUUGUUUUCCCACACUGUACAUCUUGGAGACAGAGCAAAAA